GUUUAUGAUCUGAAAAAAUGUGGCCACACUUCCUGUAGAGAUUGUAUACAACGAGUCUUUCCAUGUCCAGUUCAAGGAUGUAAAAGCUUCAUAGACAGAGCAUCAUCCGAAUAUUUGUUAAAGCAUAUGAAAAAUGAAAAGGAGGAAGAGGACAGUGCAGAUCCCAAGGUGUCAAAAUCGAGUCUUAGAUCAGCCGGAAGUGGAGAUGCUAUAGCUGCGGGAUGUUCAGAUGGAAGACAGCAUCACAUCGAACCAAAUAUGUUUUUAUUCCAACAUCUAACUCAUGAUGAACACGGGGCGAGAGAAACGGGAUUGCCAAAUUUGGGACUAACAUGCUAUAGAAACAGCGUGUAUCAAGUUCUUGCAGAGUCUCCCAAUUUCUUUGGUACACUAAAAGGAACUAUUGAAUAUGAUAUGACUGAGAAAGAAGAGUGGACGUUCACUCUUUGUGAAAUCCUUUGGAGAAUUCUUAGCAAGAGCACAUUGAGACCUGAUAUAGAUUAUUGGUUAUGUCGAUUACAGACUGCAUUUGCUGCAGUUGAUACUUCCUUCGUAGAAUAUAGACAAAAUGAUAGUCUAUCAUUUUUUACCAGCCUGAUGUGUGGAAUUACAGACGUUUUACAGAAAAGGAGAAAACAAUAUUCUGUGAAGUUGAAUGACCCAAGUGAAAUAUUCAGAGGACAAUUGCAUGAUAAAUAUACAUGUUGCAAGUGCAAACAGACAGAGUAUCAUGCAACAAGCGACUUUUUUUCAUUACCACUACCAACCGUCGAGAGCCAGAUUCCGAAGAUUGGCGAUUGUUUGUUCCAGUUCUUGUCAGCUGAGACGCUGAAAGACGUCUUCCUAUGUUCAUUUUGUAAUCAUGGCAUUGUGGAGAAAGAAAUAAAGAUAAAGAAGUAUCCGGAGAUUUUGGUUUUGCAGUUUGGAAUGGUAUCAGGGAGAGAAAAUUUUUUCCAAAGAGCACACAAAGUUCCAAAAUUUGGGGAAGAUUUUAAUGGACUUUCAAACAAUAUUCAUCUAACGAAAAUAGAUAAAGGAGAGUUCUCGAAAUACACGUUAUACGGCGUUAUCGCACACACUGGUGGAUUAACAGAGGGACAUUACUACGCCUAUGUCAAAAGACUAGACAGUGAGGAGUGGGAGCUAUGUGAUGACAGUUAUGUACACAGGGUGGAUGUGAAAGAGGUUCUAUGCUCUGAAGCUUACAUUCUGUUUUACCACAAAGUUGAAAAAUUCUUCAAAGCGUAAAACAAGCAACGUCUAAGUUAACAAUAAGGACAUGAAAAACCUAACGCAAUGAAAUAGUUGUAUGUGUUGUACAGAUUUUGAAUAAUUGUUCGUUUACGAAAUUUUAAUAUAUUAUUUGCUUGUAUUGUAAAAUUGAAUUAAUACAGAGCUGAUUCCGUAAUAUAACAGUUAUGCUCAGUGAUAGACAAAUGUCGUAACAUUUUUUGUUUUCCCCGUAAUCAGAACCCUAUGAAUAUAAACACAUUAAAACAUUAACUUGCGUGUAACGCGCUCCUAAAAUCAUAAGCACAAUUCAUUUGCACAAUGACAAUCUACAUUGCAAUGUAAAUAUUCUCAAAUAAUAAAACAAUUGAAGGUCACUGACCCGCGUUAUGCAAUUUUCUUCAACAAUGUUUAUGAGGGAUCUACGUUUUACAAACCAGAAACUUUUUUUUUCCAGGUAUGUAAACUAUUGAUAAUAUUGACCUGUAAGAUUUUUUAAGUGUAAUGAUGUCCAUGUUUGAACGAUGGAAAGGCGAAUUAGUGCAGGGAGGACAAAUUCUCAUCUUAGAGAAUAUAUUUAGGAUAUCCCAUAGUUUGUGGUUUGAUAUGAUUUAUAUUCAACGAGUUGUGCGGGGUUUUUUUUUGUCCCUGGGCUGUUGGAUGUGAGAUUCUUUUUUAUCACACGUUAACCCCCCUCCGGUUAAAAAGUUACGUUGCUGUAUUGUUGAGAAUUUUGCUUCAUGACAUUUUGUAAACAAACUACGUAACAUUGACGUUUGUUGAUGACGUUACAAAACAGCGUAGGAAAACAUUGUGUAAUAAUUUAAAAUGUAUCUAAUGGUCCUAGUAGGUACAUUUGUACUUAAUCCCACCUUUGGUAUAACUAGGGGUCCAUGUUUGUUCAACUUUUUAUUUUGUAUUGCUUAUAGGAGUUAUGAGAUUGAUCACUGUUCAUUAUCUUCGCCUUUCAUCCAUUGGAGUAAACAUGUGAUAAACCAUCACAUGGUAUAGGUAUGCGUUGUGUAUUAUGCAACAAAAUAUUACCCAACAAUUUCAUUAACGCCAUGACGUAGGUAGCAAAGCUCUUUAAAUGUGUAUAUCCACACACAAACAGACGACAUUGAAGAAGGGAUCUAACUAGAUUGGGUUAUUCUGAUUUCGAAUGACCAGCAAUGAAUUUCACUCGAAAUGACCUACAUUUUAGCAGUUACCCCCUCCCUUAUACCGGAUGUUGGUGGCGCUCUUACCUCUUCACAUAAACACAAUGUAUAGUAAAGCGUACGUUUAUCAUGCUGAGUUAUAAAAGGUUGCAUUAUAUCUAUGGAAAAUAUACAAGGUCUAAUUUCUUCGAUUUCAUGGAGAAAACUUUUUAAAAUGUGCACUUUGUCAAAUUGUAGAGUUGGGGAAGGAGAGGGUGUUAUAUCCGUGUUUGACGCUUAUUUCUGUCCAAGUUAUAAUGUGAUUGAAACCACGAAUUUCAGAAGUAAUCUGUUUUAAAAACAACAGACACCAAGAAUCAAAAGCAUAUUGAAAGCAUGUGAUACAACGAGGCAUGUAGUAUCGUUUAAAAAAGAGGGGAGAGAAGAAGUUGACUUUAAAAUAUUGCUUGAGCACACUUGAUAAGUAACGUAUUUAAAAACCCAAACCUCUAAAUCCUUAAUUGUUGGGGAAGGCGGCAAGGAUUGAUCAUCGAUUAAAUUUUGACAUCUCAAAUACCAUUCACGACAAUGUUGUUUCUAAAAGAGGUGGUACCAGCCUAUCUAUAAAUCGACCUCUGCACGUAAAAGUAACCAAAUUUUUAUGUAAUAAUAAAGAGGGACAGACACAUUGUUGUUACGAGCCUGAUAUCAUUUUGUGCAAUUUGAGCAGUUGCAGUGCUUGCAAGAUGAGCUGUACCGUAAUUUGGUAUAUAGAUAACAUAUAAUUUUCAAUCACACGGGGAAAAUAUGUCAACAUCAAUACACUAUUCACCAUAAACAAGUAUACUUAUAAUAUAUUUCCAUAUUUCGGCAUAAAAUAUUCAAUAUAAUGAAAAAGAACUGAAUUCGCUAUGUAUAACUUCAAUUUAUAACAGUAAAUAUUCAGUUAAGGGAACAGCCUCAACAUAUGUGAAAUAAUUAAUGGACAUUCAAUAUUUUCGAAAAGAGUCUGUUAAAUUGUGAUAUUAAUGUAUUUAAGGUGAAAAAUCAAAGGAUUUUAUAAAGGUACCCAUCAAAUACAUAAUAAUAUGUAUCAUUAAUUAAUUGGAAACGGUUUCAAGUUAAGAUUUGCAUAAAAUAUAUUUUUAGAGAAUUCAGAAAUUCAGAAAAUCAAGUAUUUUAACAAAAUUUAGGAUAUAAAAAGUUAAAAGUCUAACAACAUCUAUUUAUAUAUAAGAGUUGUGUAUUUUGCAUCGAAAGAUCUGUAUCUAUGAUGUAACUCAGAUUUUUUUUAUGGGCGAGUAACUUACAUGUAUUUUGGUGAGUGUGUUCUUAUUCAUGGUGGGCAGUGUAUACCACUAGACAUACCAAUUCAUGAUAAUUUACAUGCUCUGUUCAUUGGCACCUGAUGUACAUUUAGCAACAAGUAAUUUUGUCCAAUGUGAAUAAUGAAAUAAUAAAUAUGCGUUAGUUGAACAUACCAUGCAUAUCUGAUUGUGUUUUGUACUUUGGUUGUGAAAGAUAUAAUUGAAAAUUAAUAAUGAAGAUUUGAUGGUAUACUAAAGCAUUCUGAUUCUGAUCUACAGAAGUCGGGGACUACUUAAUAUUCACAUACUUAGUUACAUUAUGACCAUAUAUUGCGUACGAGAAAAUCACACAAGGAACACAUAUAAAUGUAAUCAGUGACUAAAAUGUGAUUGUUCAGUUAUGCCAUAUUUAAGUCAUUCCUUUGCUGGCAAUUACAAUCAAAAUUAGUAAAUUUUCUACUUAUUCCUUAUGAAAGGCGAAGAUAAUGAAUAGUGACCAAUUUCACAACUCCUAUAAGGAAUACAAAAUGAAGUUGGCCAAAUAAGGACCCCUGGAUAUAGGGCACCAUCAGUUGUGAACCGCAAUGCGCCGCGUACCCCUAUAAUCAGAGGGAACUAAAUCGCUAAGCAUUGUGAAAAAUGUAGGUUAUUAAGCAGAAUAUAGCCAGUGAAUGUGAAUAGUACUUAUUGUAUACAUAUUUCAUUGCAUAGAUUAUUUAAUUAUUAUUAUUAAUACUAUAUUAUUAUCAUUAUUAUUAUUAUUAUUAUUAUUACUGUUGUUGUUGUAAUUCCUACUUUUGUGUAGGUAUGUAUGUAUAUGUAUGUUAAAUUUCUUUCAAA